AUGGACCGUCAGGCCCCCAUCGAGCCUCCGCGGAGCCUCCGCAUUCCAAAUCCAGCCCGCGAAACCACAGCAGCCCAGCGCCGCUACGAGCAAGCACAGCACCACCUCCACGCCGACCUACCCCGGUCGAAUUUUGGGCCUCAGUCCUCCCAACCCGCCGCGGUGCGCCGGCCCUUGGUCCCACCUAUCCCGACCCCCGGGUCCGCCCCCGAUCAUCCAGCGGAAGUGUCUCCGCCGAACACCAUGACGACAACAACCUUCCGCUUGGACGGUUUCACGGGCAUGUUCCUCCUGCGGCUUAUGCAAGAGAAGCCCGGCGGCCCCGGUCCGCCUGACCACCUGCGCGGCGAACUCGCCGGCGAGGCCAUCGAGGCGAAGGUCUUGAUGCCGCACGUCGGGUCGGACCGGGCGGCUGUGACGGUGGAACACGGCGGAAACAUCACUACUUCUACUCCCCAGCCGGCAAGGACGGAGAAGCGGAGACGGGACGAUGAAAGAGGGAAGGCGCCAUCUGCUGCUGGACGGAAGAUGGUGCGCUUUGCGUGA